AUGGAGCAGAAGGAGGCCUCCGCCACCGACAAAGCAUCCCAUUUGGUGUCCCUGUUCGAAAAGUCGUUCCUGCACAUUCGAUCCACCUUCCACCCAACCGGUAUCCCGGGCGAAAUUGCGGGCAAGAGCUCCAAUGUGGCCUGCGCCGCGCGCUCAAUUAUCGAUUUUCAUCGCCCAGAGCUAAAGAUGGACUGCUGCAAUGUCGUAGUUACAGUCAUGGAUGCGGACACUCACCUCUCGCGCGAUUACUUUACCGAAAUCCGCCGUCUGCACUACUCGCACAUCACCGAGGCUGACCGGUCUCUCUACUGCUGCCCCAUCAUCUUCGACCGCAACUCUCACGAGAGCCCGGCUCUCGUCCGAUGCGCCGAUCUGCUCUGGGGCUUCGCUGGCUUGUCCACCAUGUACCCGGGCACGUGGAUCUCCAUCCCCACCUCCGUGUACUCCCUCCCACUCUCCAUGGCCGAGAAGGUCGGCGGAUGGGACGCUGAUCCAACUGCUAUCGGCGAGGACAUGCACAUGCUACUCAAGUGCUAUUUCGAGACAGCAGGCAAUGUCAUCUCCCGCGUGAUCCACGUCCCUGCCAGCCAGUGCAAUGUCUCCGCCGACGGCGGUCAUGGCUGGCGCCGUACAGUCGAUACUCUUUUCGCCCGGUACCGUCAGGCCCUGCGACACAUGUGGGGAGCUCUGGACUCGGGUUUCGCAGCGCGCCGCACAGUGAGCUACCUCCGCUUCAACCAGCGGUGUCUCUUCCUGCGCCCUCGGCACUUUGCCCUCCUCGAGCUUCUCUGGGAAGCGCACUUUAUGCCCUGCCAUCUCACCAUCAUCAUGUUAUUCUCUGUGAUAUACUCCAAUUGGGUGCCAACAUCACAGCUACACCCCUCGCUGGCCUGGGCCUUCUCCUUCACCGACCUCCUCCGCGCGCUGUCUUUCAUCGGAAUGAACAUCUGUCUGAGUCUAUACGAGCGCUGGCACGCACUCUGCCUCAACACUCGGAUGCAGGACAUGCGCGAGGCUAACCUACCCGACACCGGCUGCUCCCAGCGCAUCUGGUACCAACCAAAGUACCUGCUGGACCGAGUCUGCUUCCCCGUCGCGGGUACCCUCUUCGGCGCCGUGCCCACCCUGCAUGCCGUCUUUGCGCACUUCUGGACAGACCGGCUAGUCUACCGCGUCAGCAAGAAGCCAACCUUCACCCAAGAUGCAGCGGGCCUGGCAUAA